AGAAGAGGGGGCAACUUAUCAGGUUUUAAAAUUGACAUUGAAUGACAAUUGAAGUCGUAUAAAAUGUGAAUAGUGUUUGAAAGGUUGACACGGGCAACGGUGAGCGAUAUUUCUGGCGUGAUAAAUUAACUAGUAAAUCAUCUAAUCGCAAAACCGUAGUUAUACAAUAUUCCAUCUUUGUCAGGUCAAAAUUCGCGUUGUGUUAAGUGUACUUGUGUGAUCCGUAGAUCACGGGGACUAGCUCGCCGUGAGCCCCCAAUUAUAUUCCAAAAUCCUCUGGAUAUCUUACAGCUGGAAUUUGUAAUUUGAAAAACCGCGGAUGGGGGUGGCCGUGAGCAUCGGUCAAUUGUACAAGUUGGACUUGAUGCCAAAAUUUCAGUGACUCCUGUACCUCAAAAUAUCAAAUGACAGACAAGGCCUUCCUCCAUUUCGCGGGUCCAUACCGAUGAUAUAUGUAAUUUCACCUGUCAGUCUAUAGCUGUGACCUAGAGAACAAAAUCUUCUAUUCAAAAAAUAAAAACAGACUCAAAAAAUAUUAAUUUCAAUAAGAAAAUCAGAAAGGUUUUCUAAGGAUCGUCACUUCCUCAAAAGAGUUAUCCGGGCACCUCCAAUGAAGAGCCUUUGGCAUGGCCACGCGACUCAGCCCCCGAAAUUCGGAGGUGAAUGCGCUUGAACAGCGAGGCUAUCUAAUAGGAAAAAAAAUCGGACAGGGGUCGUACGCGACCGUCCAUUUAUCCGACUAUGUGGACGGUACGAGUCCUAAGAAGAUGCGUUUGGCGUGUAAAAUUUUCGACAAAGAGAAGGCGCCCCGAGAUUUUCUAGACAAAUUUUUUCCUCGAGAGCUGGAGAUAUUGACGAAAAUCGAAAACCCCCACAUAAUUCAGGUGCACAGCAUCCUCCAACGCGGACCCCGAGUCUUCAUCUUCAUGCGUUAUGCAGACAACGGCGACCUUCUAGAUUUUAUUAAAGGGAAUGGCGUCGUUCCGGAACAACAAUCAAAACUCUGGUUCAGGCAAAUGGCUUCUGGUCUCCAUUAUCUUCACGAAAAAAACAUCGCCCACAGAGAUUUGAAGUGCGAAAACAUAUUGCUGUCGAGGAGAUUCAAUGUGAAACUUGCAGACUUUGGUUUCGCAAGAUUCUGUGCUGAUAGUGAAGGCCGGAGAGUCCUUAGUCAGACUUAUUGCGGAUCUGCCGCUUAUGCUGCGCCAGAAGUGGUUUCUGGAGUUCCUUACAACCCUAAAUUGGCGGACGUCUGGUCUCUCGGAGUAAUUCUUUAUAUUAUGCUGAACGCCGCGAUGCCAUUUGAUGAUGCGAAUUUGAGAAAACUCCUCAAGGAUCAGACGUCUAGAAACUUGGUAUUCCGAUCGCGAGUCAGAGAAUCGCUAUCAACGCUUGCUAAGAGCAUCGUGAGGCAUAUUCUGGAACCGGAUAUAACUAAAAGACUCACCCUCGAAAGAGUUCUUGGCCAUGAAUGGGUCAGAGCAAGAAAAGACAAGACCGGAUCUCUCGUCGGCAGAUUGGUUCACUCCGCACCACCUAUACACCAACAGGUGAGCGGAGGUGGUAUGAACAUGGGUGGGUCAGGAUUGGCCGCGACCGGAGGUCCUGCACCUGCAGGAAGAACUGGGAUUUCGGGAUUCAAAAGCACGGAAAAUCCGAGUCAAAACGUUGGUGGGAAAUCAGUAGAUACUGCGAGAAAAGAUUCAUCGGGGCAGCCUUCCAUCGCAGUGGAAUAAAGAAGCCAAAUUUUUAG